AUGUCCACUUCUAAGGUCAUAGAUACCCUCCACUCGCAGAUUGACGCCCUACAGGCCCAACUCCAAGAAACGACAGUCUCGUUGAACGAAUGCCGCAAGAAAAAUUCCAUUCUCUCAAAGAGAAAUGAAGAUAUGGUCGAACAGCUCUCCAACGCCAACCACCAGGCGGAAAUCGCACAGUCACUUCUAAAGAGAAAGGAAAGGAGAGUGGCCGAUCUUGAAGAACAACUCACCCAGACUGCCUCAGAAAACGACAACUAUGCGUUCCAAUUGGAAUCUCUUAAAUCAAAGCUGAACAACUACGACAACGAGAAGCAGAGACUCAUGGCUGAGAACCAGAGGCUGUCGCAUUCGUACAAUACUCUCUCGUCAUCCUUUACGGAGUUCAAACUACAGACAGCAGAGUCCAUCAGUAACUUGAAAUCUCAAAUACCAGCCUUCAUCAAAAACCAAACAUCUACUCUGGAACAGAACCUAUCCACAAUUAAGGCUGCCCAACCAGAAAUAGACUCCUCAUAUAACUUGCUGCUGAAAAACUCAAAACGUUUGGAGCAGCUGUACGCCUAUAAAUACGAGAAGGUAAACGAUUCGCUUCUGUUGUUGGCUGAGUCUACAAAACAACAUGGCCAGUCAACGGGAAUUGUCAUGCAAGAAUGUGAAGAAAUCCUGAAAAAACUAAACAGAAACGAAGAUGUCCUUUUGAAAAUCAAAAAUCAAACCCUUGGUCACAUGUCAGACUGUGAAAAAAUGAAACAGUUGAAUAAACUGAGAGAUUUGUCCAUUUUAAACGACUUGCCGUCAUCCCAGUCUCCAACACCAACUCAAUCCCCCCAGCCUCAAAGCCCACAACCUAACAUUUAUUUGCCCGACGCCCAGAAACGCAAUAUCAGUGUCCCAAAGAAGGACCGUAGAAAGAGAAACUCCUACAGGAAGUCCCUCAACGAAUCAGACUUUGCUAACCUUAAUAACAAUAAUAGAGACACAUCACAUUCAACCCUUGGGAGAUCGUCAAGCACGAGGAGGAACAACAACAGAAAUUCCAGAAAUUUCACCUCACCAAGCAGUGGUAUUGGUAACGGUAAUGGUAAUGCCAACGGAAACAGUAACAAUCCUAGAAAAUGGUCUUCCCACUCCACAAAUUCAAACAAUGAUCAAGCCAAUUGUUAG